AUGACCACCUUUGGAACCAAAUCAACACGUCGCAACAUUAAGGAUGACCUUAAAACCGCGGAACAACGCCGUCAAGGCGGACAACGACAAGCACUCAUGGAGCGAAACAGAGCCAAGUUCUCUUCUCCUCUUAAUGCUGGUCCUUUUGUGUACAACCCUUCCCCGUCUCCCACCAACGAAUCCUCGACCAGCAGUACCGAGAAGAAGAUUGAUCUCUUUGGCUGUUCUCAUUUGGCCCCAUUCUCGGAAUGGUACAAAACCCAAUACGGCUGUGAACCUUCGGACUCAUUGGCCAUCUUCUUAAAGCCAGUACAAGAUGUCACAUCGGCAUCUGAUUGUCUGGAUGAUGGAGACCAGAUUGAAGCCGAAAUGAUGGAGACUUACCUUUCGCUCCAUCCUUAUUUGGAACUAACCGCAAAUCACAAAGCGGAUGCUUCUAUGAACGAUCUUGCUAAACGAUUCUCCAGUCUUUCCAUCAACUGCAAUGCGAUGGAAGUUGACGAAGACGAGAUGGACAUCGACCUACCUGAAAUUGACUGGAUGCAAGUCGAUAUUGAUGAAAUGGAAGUCGAUUGUCCAUACCGGUAG